UGUCAGGGUAGAAAACGAGCCAGCAAGGUCCUUAUGGUCCCAUCUAGAGACAUCAUGAGAUGCUUAGCUGUUCACAUUGUUUAUCUGCUGGUGCUGCAAGCUAAGCAUGUUUGCGGAGACUGUACCACAUGUAUUGCGACAGCCACUGGGCAAAGCUCUGACUCCUGGACUCCAACCUCUACCUCAACCAUGUCAAAUCUCAUCACUGUCAAUGAGUCCAUAACAUCCAGCAACACCACCAGCAUCAGCUUCAAAGCUACAACCAACCAAAACCAGCACAGCUCAUCUCAAACCCCAGACCCCACCACAGGAACCUCAGUGCACUAUCUGCUGACCUCCACUGGAACCCUGCCAUCCAGUGUUCCUCCAACUAUCACCACCAACACCACCAACACCACCAUUAACACCAUCAGUUCUUCUAAAAACAAUACCAUUUUGUUUCAGAAUCCUCUUCACAGCAGCACCACUUCUUAUUUCCUCAAUCGGGUUCUCGUCAGGUUCCUGCUCUGCCCUGUUCUCAUUUCAGCAACAGUGCCAUAAGGUUCCUCCACAAAGACAAGCUGAGGAACCCUCUUGUUUCUGGCUUUUUCUGGACUUUAUUCCUUAAAUACAAGCUGAGGAACCGUCUUGUUUCUGGCUUUUUCUGGACUUUAUUCCUUAAAUACUUUACACAUUACUUUUCAGAUUGUUCUAAAAGUUGAAAUACAACACAAAACCAUGAGAAAGAACUUUAGAUUGAAUAAACACAACACUGUCAUGAAAGCCUUAACAGAGACCUACAUGUUAAGUGUCUGAGCACGAUGCGUGCUGUGUGUACGGUUCUUAGACCAGGGCUGGAGCAAUGAUAUGAACUUUUAGUUUUAUUUUACCUUUAUUCUCUGUAGGUUGUAUGUCUUUUAUACAAUUGCUAUAUCUUUAGACAUUUUUUCUAUUUGUAUUUCUAGAUGUUGCAUGAUAUAAAUUUAUGACAUAUUUUCUACUUUAUUAGAAUUACUUAUUUUUCAUUUUGCCUAUUUUUAAUAAAAGUUUUAUAGAUUCUA